UUCACAAUUUGUAUAAUAGAAAUCGUGUCGCAAUGAAUAUGAUAAAGGGAUGCUUAUUUAACUUUAAGGAGUUUUAAGUUGAUUGGAAAGCUUAAAAUUAAGGAAUAAUCAGUGAUUUCGGAGUACCAUAUAAAUAAAGGAAACCACUUAAUUCCAGUGAUUGUGUUGUGAAUUGACCCAAUUUUAACCCAGCCAUGAGUACUGACGGUGGCGCCUCGGAGGUCCCAGUGGAAGAGGAGGGGCUGUUCUCAGUCCUGGACUUCUUCAUUCUAUCUGUACUGGCGGGCAUGGCUGCUUACUGGUUCUUCUUCAAGAGCAAGAAACAAGAACAGCCAACCUUCAAAAAGCUGACUGUACAACCAGUUCAAGGAAGAAUGAAUGAUCCUAGUUUCAUCAACAAAAUGAAAUCUUCUGGUAGGAAUGUUAUUGUGUUUUAUGGUUCACAAACUGGCACAGCAGAAGAGUUUGCUGGUCGCUUGGCUAAAGAUGCCCAGGGAUUCGGCAUGAAAGGCAUGGUGGCGGAUCCAGAGGAGUGUGAAAUGGACAAUCUUAGCAGUCUACCAGAAAUAGAGAAUUCUCUAGCUAUAUUUUGUAUGGCUACCUAUGGAGAGGGAGACCCCACAGACAAUGCCCAGGAAUUCUACAACUGGCUACAGAAUGGGGAAUCCGAUCUAACAGGAGUCAAAUUUGCUGUGUUUGGAUUAGGAAAUAAGACAUAUGAACAUUACAGUGCUAUGGGAAUCUAUGUAGACAAAAGAUUAGAAGAGCUGGGAGCGGAGAGGAUCUAUGACUUAGGACUGGGAGAUGAUGAUGCCAAUAUUGAGGAAGAUUUCAUAACCUGGAGGGAGAAGUUUUGGCCGGCGGUGUGUGAACACUUCGGUGUUCAGCCCACCGGGGAUCAAGUCAGUAUACGCCAGUAUAGCCUCACUGUCCAUGAUGAUCUAUCAAUAGAGAAAUGUUACAAGGGAGAAAUUGCCAGAUUAGGAUCAUUUGGAAACCAAAAACCACCCUACGAUGCUAAGAACCCAUUUUUGGCACCUGUGAGUGUGAACCGAGAACUUCACAAAGGCGGAGACAGGUCCUGUAUGCAUAUUGAGUUUGACAUUACAGGAUCAAAGAUCAGAUAUGAGGCAGGAGACCAUGUGGCGGUGUACCCUGUCAAUGAUCCAGAGCUGGUGGAACUAAUCGGAAAAACCUUAAAUGUGGAUCUAGAUCAAAUGUUCACCCUCACUAAUGUCGACGAGGAGGCCAGUAAGAAAUACCCCUUCCCGUGCCCCACCACCUACCGCACUGCUCUCUCCCACUACCUCGAUAUCACAGGGACACCAAGGACACACAUUCUACGGGAACUGGCAGAAUACGCACAGGACCAGAAAGAUAAAGAUUUCCUGUUAAAACUGACAUCUUCUACACCAGAGGGCAAGACGUUGUACAGUGAUUGGGUAGUUAAGGACAGGAGAAACAUCACGGCUAUACUUGAGGACCUCCCUUCUGUCAAACCUCCUAUCGACCAUCUCUGUGAACUGUUACCUAGGUUACAGGCUAGAUACUAUUCCAUUUCUUCAUCUCCCAAGGUCAAUUCUACUAGUAUACAUAUAACAGCGGUUGUAGUCAAAUAUAAAACCAAGACAAAUAGGAUGAUGAAAGGAGUCGCUACCAACUGGCUGACCCUAAAGCGACCGACCAAUGGCAUUAAACCUACCGUUCCCAUCUACGUCAGGAAAUCUCAGUUCCGUCUUCCUUUCAAGGCCAACACACCAGUCAUAAUGAUCGGACCCGGCACAGGGUUAGCUCCCUUUAGAGGAUUUAUUCAAGAAAGGAAUUUCCUAAGGAAAGAGGGUAAGCCUGUGGGAGACACGGUGUUGUACUUUGGUUGUCGUCGUAAGACGGAGGAUUAUUUAUACGAGGAGGAGCUGGAGGAGUACACAAAGGACGGCACACUGACUAAGGUCCACCUGGCCUUCUCCCGCGAUGGACCGGACAAGGUGUACGUACAACAUCUCCUCAGGCAGAACAUGGAGGAAACCUGGAAGAUGUUAGAGAAAGGAGGGCAUAUAUAUGUGUGUGGUGAUGCUCGCAACAUGGCAAGAGAUGUACAUGAAACAUUAGAGAAAAUUAUCAUGGAAUGUGGCAAUAUGGAUAAAGAAAAGGCAACUAAUUAUGUGAAACAGAUGCAGAACAAGGGACGCUACUCUUGUGAUGUAUGGAGCUGAAGAUGGUCAUUCAUAAUUCAACAGAUCUGUUCAGAGUGGCUGACCAAAGUGAUAAAGGGAAAAAAU